UGUCUGCCUAAGGGAAACUCGCAACUUACCCAGAGUGGAUAUUUGCAAAAAUAUAUAAUUAGCCAGACACCGACUUCGCUUUCGCUCAGACACGAAUUAAAGAAAGCUACAAGCCCGUUGCCACACCGGUCGCCCCUAGUCGGAUUUUAAACACGAGAAAAGAGUUGUAGGUUUGUAAGGAUGAAUCCUCAGCAGCGGAUCGCCGCUAUCGGGACAGAUAAGGAGCUGAGUGACCUACUGGAUUUUAGUGCGAUGUUCUCACCACCCGUGAGCAGUGGGAAAAACAGGCCAACGACUCUAGGGAGCAGCCAGUUCAACACAUCAGGUAUAGAUGAGAGGCCAUCCGAGGCGUCGUGGGCCGCAGGUGGCCAGUCCAGCCCUUCCUAUGACGAGUCCUCCAGGGGUUUCGCAGACAGCCCUCAUUAUGGUGAUCACUUGAGUGACAGUCGAUUAGUGUCCCAUGAAGGAUUGUCCCCGACACCUUUCAUGAGCUCCAGCAUUAUCGGUAAAACUGAGAGACCUCCAUUUUCUACGUAUGGGAGAGAGCCAGGUGUCUCUGGAUGUCAGUCCACUCUGCGCUCAGACAUGGGGAUGGCCAGCCCAGGACCCGUCACCACAGCGGGAAAGUCGCCAGCUCCUUUUUACUCCUUCACGGGCUCUAAUCCACGAAGACGCUCUCUCCAGGACUCCACUCCUCUGGAUCCUCUACAAACCAAGAAAGUACGCAAGGUUCCCCCUGGCCUGCCAUCAUCUGUGUAUGCACCAUCCCCAAACUCGGAAGACUUCAACAGAGAGUCUCCUUCUUAUCCUUCCUCCAAACCACCCAGCAGUAUGUUUGCAAGCACUUUUUUCGACGCAACCCACAACUCUUCCGACCCAUGGAACUCGUCCAGUGGUUUAAGCCAGCCGGGUUAUGGGGGAAUGCUGGGAGGAUCUUCAUCUCACAUGCCACAGUCUGGAAACUACACCAGCCUGCACUCUCAUGACCGCCUGAACUACCCCCCACACUCUGUGUCCCCCACGGACAUCAACGCCAGCCUGCCACCUAUGUCCAGCUUCCACCGCAGCACAGCUAGCAGCUCGCCCUUCGCCACCGCAUCCCACACCCCACCCGUCAACCCCACGGAGGGAGUUAUGGCUGCAGCCAACAGAGGUAAUGCAACUGGAAGUUCUCAGACUGGAGAUGCACUGGGGAAAGCGCUCGCUUCGAUUUACUCUCCUGACCACACCAGCAGUAGCUUCCCGUCUAACCCGUCAACCCCAGUGGGUUCACCUUCUCCGCUCACAGCUCAAGCAGGUGCCGCAUCAGCGGGUACAGUGGUGACGGCGAGCGCCCCCCCUGGAAGGGCAGGUACUACCCAGUGGCCUCGUGCAGCCGGACAGACUCCAUCCUCCCCGAAUUAUGAGAACUCUCUUCACUCUCUGUCUCGGAUGGAGGAUCGUUUGGACAGACUAGAUGACGCAAUUCAUGUCCUCCGGAACCACGCUGUAGGUUCUACCGCCUCUCUGCCCAGUGACAUCCACAGCCUGCUGGGACAGACGCACAACGGACCAAUCACAGCCAUCGGCUCCAGCUUCCCCACGUCUGGAUUGGUCACCAGCAGGACAACAUCAAUGGCUCCUGCUCAUCGUGAAGAGACGGUCAGUCUGAACACAAACCACACAGGGCUGCAAAGCACCCCCGGGCCAGCCUCUAGCACCGAGCUCAAUCACCAGGCUGAAACUUUCAGAGCUCUCUCUGGUAGCCUGGCAUCUCAGGUAGCUUCAGCUCUGGAGCUUAAAAUUGAGAAUCAGGACAAAGAUGACAUGCAUGAUAACCACUCCUCUGAUGACCUCAAGUCUGAUGACGAAAGUAAUAAAAGGGACGUUAAGACGCCUAGAGGAGGGACUCGAACCAGCAGCAUUAAUGAGGAUGAGGACUUGAACCCGGAGCAGAAGGCAGAGCGCGAACGUGAGAGGAGAAUGGCCAAUAACGCAAGAGAGCGGCUCAGAGUGAGAGACAUCAACGAGGCCUUUAAGGAGCUGGGCCGCAUGUGCCAGUUACAUUUGAAGAGUGAGAAGCCUCAGACCAAACUGCUCAUCCUGCACCAAGCUGUUGCAGUCAUCCUUAGCUUGGAGCAGCAAGUCAGGGAGCGGAACCUGAACCCGAAAGCAGCCUGCCUUAAGAGGAGAGAGGAGGAGAAGGUUUCUGGUGUUUCAGGGGAACCGCAGCAGACUCAUCCAUCUGUUCACCCUGGGCUUACAGACACAUCCAACCCCAUGGGCCAUCUGUGAGCACUAGGCAGAUCAAAGUGAUGCCGAGGGAGCGUGUAAGAUUGCAUUGGUGACCUUGCUUUCCAAGGGCAGACAGGACUCACAGCUUGUGACACAAAUUUGAAAAGACAGAGACCACUCCAAGCUAAAUUCCAGUCAAGCGACCCUGAGCUCAAAGAAAACUGGCAAACGCCAAACUUCCUCCAAAAUCGUAUUGCAAAUUUCUGCCCAUGAGAAACAUUCUCUCGAAAACCCGAAAGCUCUUGAGCACACAUCACUGUCUGCAAAGCAGCGUGUCACAUCUGUACAAUCAGAGACUGUCGCAGUCCCCCUCCACCCUCCACGUGGAAGUUGCAUUGUGCCUAAACUGAAUUGACGAAUGCAUUGUAACAGCAAUUGUUUUUCUUUUUUUUGAUUGUUUGUUUUUUAUUUUUGUUCUUUUUUUGUUUCUUUUUUUCCUAUUUAUUAUGUUACUGAACUAUAAAGUCUAUGUUUAAAGGGAAAGUUAUGACAUUGCUUUAAGAAGCUGUUUGGAAUUUCAGUAGAUCUUCAGUUUGCCAAGCUCUGAGCCAUUCAGCCGGAGCAACACUGUGGGAAUGAUGCUCUGGGCCGCCACACCGAUUUAAAGCACCCGACUCGGAUCAGAGCCUCUCCCGUUUGUGGGCGUUUGAAAUGAUUAAAGUCUCGAAUUUCCUCCCUUAUUUGUUUAGGAAAAAAAAAGAAUAAGAAAUAAUAUAUUAUUUAUAUUUAUGAGAGAUUCAUUCUAAAACACCAAACCAAAACUACCUAAUCACGCGAGUUUAGUUGAGACUCCAGGACGCAGACAGUUUAACGUAGCGGAGCAACAAAGUGUGUUUUUGCUCCUUCCUCUGUCUUACAAGAUGCAGGGCCCGGAUGGCAAACUGGAGCUUUACUGAAAAGUCAGAGGUCAACCACAGGCUGACGUGUUUAUAGUCAUUAGUAAGUAGAUUAAAUACAGAGAGCAGACCAGUUACUAAACCCUAGCAUUCCCUGCAUACUUCAUAGUGUCUUAACCGAAGGAAAGAAGGACCGACUACUCAUGGUUCCUUUGAAUUCUUCAGCCAUAUAGUGUUAAGUGGGAAGAAAACGGCAUAUUUCCAUUUGUUGCACUUGGUUGGUUUUCUAAUGUUACGUUUAUUUGGUCUCUGCUUAGUUGAACAGCUGAGAAAUUAGACAUAGGUAAUAUCAGACAGAGUAGACUCAAAACGAUGAGCACAGCAUCACCUGGCCUGAAUUAAAGUUUUGCUUGUUUUUCUUUGUCUAAAAUCAGUAACAUAAAAAAGACAAAAAUUCACAAAAAAAAAAUCAUUACUCUAAGUAACCACAAUGUUAUAUGUUUAUUUGUAAUUGUAUACAAAGCAUCUUUCUUAGGCUUCAUAGUAAAGCGUAUAUUGUCCUGUGUGAAAAUAGAAAGAAAAAAGAUAUUCUAAGUUACUUAGGAUGGAUUUGUCUCUCCCCAAAGCAGUGAAGUACUUGAUACAGUCAUCAGAAUGUGUGUGUGCGUGUGUGUGUGUAUGUGUGCGUGUAUGUGCAAUGUCCAAAAUUCAAACGCUGUGAUGACAAAAUCAGCAAAACCAUGAACAAAAGCAUUUUUAUAUCAAGAAUCAACAUUGUCUUUUUGUGUGUAUUUUUUCUCUUAUUUGACAUAUUUUUGGUCUUAAUUGUUUUCCUGUAGAUUCCCCCAACACACCCCCCCCCCCCCAAACCCUCUGCCCUUUGUCUUCCAUAUGCAUGCUCAACUCCACAAGACAGUCUGAUGAACAAAAAGGUAUCGCAAAAAUCUAGACUGGAUCUACCCCCCUUUUGUUUUGUUUUUCUUUUUUUCCCUUUUUCGAGAUCUGCGUGAUAUCUAUAUUCGUCUUUGUGGCCUUGUUAUACAUUUCAGUAUUGAAGAGCUUGUGUUGUUGCUGGCUGAGGUUGAUCGAGGUUCUGUCAUCUCUUUGUUAGUUGUUCUGUUUUUUUAUUUUUUUUUCUUCUUCCUGUGUUUAUUUUUUUGCUUUUCGUUCCAUUGCUCCUCUGUUGGAUAUGUUAGACUUUGCUGUAUGCCCUGAUGCUUUCCCUCAUAAAAAGUAUAUGAAAAGGAUAAAAAAAAAAAAAACUUAAAAAAAAACAUUUGGCUUAUUUUUCACUCUAGUUAGCCUUUUAUACAAUGAUAUUGUAAGAACAUUUCUUGAAUUCUAAAUAUUACUCUUUCUAGAUUUUUGAAAUCAAAAGUUUUGAGUAAAAAGUUUCUUACUUUAUUUUACUAUAUUAGAUAGUAAAAAAAAAAAAAAGAAGUACGGUUAUUUACCAUAACCUGUCCACUAUUAUUGAGAAUUUAUGAAUAGCAUCUUAAGAGCAUAAAGUAGUAUUGUAGCUCGAGGUGUAGUGUGUAUGGGGUGUUGUACGAGCUCGAUGUUCUAUAGGAUGUGCUCUCAUCUCUGGCUCUAGUCUGCAUUGUUGGAUUAACAGAUUUGUACCCCUGUCCAAAUCCAAGGUAUUGUCGGACAUCAAGAAUAAAAGAAACCAGCAGCGGGAAGUAAAUUUCUUUUUCUGUCUCUGUAACAGAAAACACAAUAUGUAUAUAACAUUUAUGUAGCAAUAAAUGUGCCAUCUUUUUUUAACAAGACUGUACAUGCGUUUAUUUCCUUCUCUCGACGAACACUUGCCUGUUUACCCUCCAGUGCUUUCGAUUUAUUGAUUGAAACCUCAUGUAUGUUUGUUGAGCACGUGUACAAAAAGUGUAUUCGCGAAAUGGGGUUCUUACCUAUACAGUCCUGCCACAGCAUCUCCUCUACAGAAGACUUUUCUACAGUGGAUUUAGGCCAAAUGAAGAAGAACUCUGUGCAACUCCAUGCAAGAGUGUGUUUUAUACUAUGUAACUGAUUUUUUUUUAAAGGCAUAUCAGUGGACCAUUGUAGUCUGUAUCAAAAGAAGUACUAUGGAGCAUAUGUUUCUAUUUUUAAUAAAGUGUGAUAGCAGCAAGCCUGCAUCCAGUGCCAUGUU